GGUCCAGGUAGAAUUUGUGGGUGACCGCAAAGGCAUUGAUAUUAUUCACGACGGGGUAUAAUGUGGUUUGCGUUUCGAAGUUGGCCAAGACUGUUUCCAUUCCAACCGUUGACAAUCUGGACGCUCUCUUCCACGCCACCGUUGAAUCUGCCCAAGAAGCUCUUUCUCAUGGCAAACUCGAUGAGUACGAAAACCUCAUGGAAGACGCGUUCAGCCUCGUGAUGAGAAAGACAGACAGCCUAGUGCUGGAUAGGAUACUUUCCAGCAUUUGGUACGAUAUCCCAGGCAUUAGGAACGCCGCACCCCUUUUCAAUAAUUCUCUUCUGCGUAGGACGUCUCUUUCCAACAUAACCGGAACUAUUAUUGGGAUCGUCGGGUCCAGCGACCAUACUGUUAUUGAGAACUGCAUGAAGACAGCAGCGCCUGUUGUGGUCGGCAUGCUCUAUAAGAACAUGUACAUGUGCCAGGGCAUCCAAGGUCUCCUGGACCGUUACAAAAAGGCCGACGGGGACAAAAAGGAGAUUAACAAGCUCAAGGACACCCUCCUGGAGACAGCUAUUGAUAACUGCACCAAAGCCCAAACGUAUGCUUCCCGGGCUAACAAUGCUUUCAAUGACGUGAACCACGUAGCCACAAACUACCAGAAAGAUCUCGAACGCGAUAUCAACUACUUGGAGGCCAGCGCGGCGUCGGCUACAGCUUCUGCUAACGAGCAGAUGCAGGACAUUGACGUUCCCUGGUAUGUCUUGCUAGAUGGUUUGACCGCCGUUCUCGCAUACAAAGCGGAAAGAAAAGACGAAAUACAGAGGGACCUGAACAAGCGGCUGCGGGAAAUCAACAACUCCAUCAACGGGCUCAAGGACCUCAUAUGGAGCGGGGCUAUCAUCGAUGGUUAUAACACCACCUGGAUAGGGAUGGCGCAGACGAUCAGCAGCUGCCUAGGGGUGGUGUACAAUCUCCUCAGCGCCAUUCAAGGACAAGAUAUGGAAGAUCCUACUUUGUAUGAGUCGCUCCUUGAUGUGGAAUGGGCAAGGGUGCAGAAAGAUAGCAACGAGAUCCUUGACAUCCUUGCCAGCAGGGGCAUAGACACCAGCCCGCCCAGAGACGUAGAAAAGUCUCAAUCCGUGGCUCUAGUGGUGCAAAGGAGACCCCUAAUUACCCUCACAUCGGACAUCGAGGCCAGGGUAGUAGAAGCACUCACCGCGCCAGGCAAGCUUGACACAACCAUGAUGAGCCAGGCAGACGAGACGAAGAGCUUCUUCGCCGAAAUGGAGAAGCUUUUGCAGUCGCCGUAUCUUUCAAGCAUUGUGGGAUACUGGGACGCCGAUCAAAUCGAGAAGUCUUCCCUCCUCGACGUUCUCAGCCGUCUGCGGCGCCAGUACGUCGACAUGAUGUCCAAUGAGUACCCGGCAGUCCACAGCCUGUACACCACCUCGCUGCUCCAGGAGACGCGCGCUCAGAAUGUCAAGGAUGGGAAGCUGCGCAUCGAUAUCUUCGUGUCGUCCAGCUUGCAGUCAGCGCGCCUCGGCCAGAAUGCCGCGAGCACCGCAGCCGAUAAGUUCCGGGUAUCAUCGGCGGACUACGCCUUCGCCCUCGAGCAGGUACAGGCCAACCUGGACCAGAUCAAGACGAAGCUGGAAGAGAUCGACCAAAAAAUCGACAAGCUCAAGGACAAGGAGCGCAACCUUGUUAUCAGCCUUAUCGCUGACGUUGUCGCGCUGGCGUUUGCGACCGCCUCUUACCUCGCUAGCUUCGGCUUCCUCGCCCCUGUGGCCACCGCGCUUAACACCGCGCAGGCCCUAGGCCUGGGUGCGACGUCCACAGCUGAGACUAUCAAGGGCGUCAUUGAUGGCUUGAAGCUGGCGGAUAUUGAGGUACUCAUCGGUGUUCUUCAGAGCACAAAGAGGGACUUGAACGCGUCGUACGAGGGCCUCAGAACUAUUCGUCCACUCUUCAAUAACGUGCUUGACGCCGCAGAGGGGAUGGAGAGUAUCGUGACAAAGAUGGCGGAUAGGCUUGAAGUUAUACUCAGCGACGUGGAAUUGCUGAAGCAGGUCGAGUUGUCUGGAGAGCAUGUUGAGGCAAUCGGUAAAGCUUGGGCGGAUGUUAAGGACGGCUGCACUGUCUGGAUGGAUGUUAUCAAUGCCCAGGGAAUUGACCCUGCUACUCUCUGAAUCGCGCUGGCCGAAAAGGUUUACAAGAUGAGAUGGUAAUUUGAAAUGAAAACCCCUUUCCCUCAUUACUUAUGAUCUAGCUUCUUGGGAGGUCAAAUACAAUCGAUUUACUGCGUAGCAGUACUUAGGUAGUUAGCAAUGCACUCCGGUCAUCAGUCAUCUUGAAAAAGUAGAACUAUGUAAUAGCU